AUGAAGACCAUCGUAACGAUUGCGCUUCUGUCCGCGCUGGCAUGCGUGGUGGAGAUGAAAUCGGAAUCGAAAAAGCAUAAACGCGGAGUGGCAGUUUUUGGAUCGCCUGAUUUCUUUGGGCUUGUGCCGGCCUUCGGUCCAUCGCCGUGGGCCCCUACGGCCUUCGCUCCUUCUUCGUGGGCCCCUACGGCCUUUGCGGCUUCGGCCUGGAAUCCAACGAUCACUCCGGACGUAGCGCUCACGCAGGUUCAAGUUCAAGCCACGCACAAUGUAGCGCUCCAGGCGCUGAAGGAUCCAGCGCCCGGUACGCCCAGCAUCGCGUACCCGCCCGAAGUUCUGAGAGCUAUUCAGCAGGCAAAGGAGGCGAACAACAAUGUUGCCGUGGCUCAGCAUAAAGUUGCGGAGGCGAAACAAGCCGCGCUGAUUCAGCAGAAAAUUGCAUUGGCAAAGGAGGGGGCGGCGAGGGAAGCUGCCGCAAGAUCGCAUGAAAUUUCGCAGUACGCCGAGACCGAGGCUAAAGCCAGUGCUCGGCAGCUGGUGGCAUUGCAACAGAGAUUGGCAACCCUAAAGGAUUCUGUGGCGGCCGCACAGAGAGUAGCGGCGGCGAGGGAGGCCGCCGCAGCCGCGGCGAUCCAAAGAAACGCGGCUAACACCGCCGCGGAAUUGCGAAAACUGGAUGUUGAUAAGCAAAUUAAUCAGAGCGAGCAGGAAGCUAAAGAAAAGGAUGUGUUAGCUGCGAAAGAAAACGCAAUAGCAGCUGCAGUUCAGCACGCGAGCUUACAGAAACCUGCUCACCAUCCUUGGGGCUGAGAAACGUGACGUUUUACAUGACAUUAUACAUAUUUUCCAUUAAACAUCAUAUCAAUAACAGUAUAUAUUCAAUCAUGGUGACGGUGACAUAGGGCAUUUCUAGUGUUAUGAAUAUAACUUUGUAAUUGUUACAUAUGUAAAGAUUGUUUCAUCAAUAAAAAUUAUAUACAGUUUACUUUACAAAUUCUCUAUCAAUUUUAUUAUCUUUUCUGUCACAUUAUAUAUUUAAUUAUUAAAUAUUUAUUGAAUUAUUUAUUUAGUGGUGAAAUACGUUUAUCAAUUUAUGUAGGACUCUAGCAAAUGAGUUUUUAUAUCAAAAAAUGAUCCUGUUAGAUAGUCUUAGUUUUAUCGUCAUAUAUAAAUUUCUUACUUGUAUCUGUAUAUUGUUUACAAUGUUAUUAAAAUUAAAUAAUAAACUUUUAAUCAAACUAGCAGUUAUCAACGGUUGGUAGAACCUUUUCUAAAAAUUAUAAGUUUACAAAAAAAUAAUAUCUUAUAUAUAAAAAUUAAAUUUAUUUAAUUCAAACAUAUUAAUAUUUUUUAAAUAUUAAUAGUGAUAGCUAUAAAAUUAUUAUAUUAUUCUAAAUGUUAUAUCAGUUAUAUCUUUACCAUAGAAUGAAAUAUCUUUCGCACAGCUUAUCAUCGGUUGGCAAAAGAUUGGUCUAAUUUAAAAAAGUUGUAAAGAAUAUGCAGUCUUAUAAUAUUAUAGUAAAUUACAAAAAUAAAG